AUGCGCGGGAGGCAGGGGAAGGUGAUGGGCGCCGGACAUCAAAAGGAGAAGGGCAAGGAUGGAGAGACAAAAGGAAGGAGAGAGAAGAGAAAUACAAUUCGCAACCACAAUGGUUGGAGUGCCCCGAGCGUCAGGAUCCAGGGAUCAAGACCAACAAGGCGGGAUCCUGGCCACAGGCCUUGA